AUGAAGUCUCAUUACGUAGAUGACAUGCUCGUCAGUGUGGAUACAGAAGAGCAAGCGAUCCAGUUGGCGAAGGAUGUUAAGCAUGUACACGAGCAGGGUGGCUUUGAGAUCCGAAAUUGGGUAAGUAACUCGAGAAAAGUACUUUCAUCGCUACAGGAGGCAAACACCGACGAAAAAUGUCUCGACUUAUCUCCAGAGCUGGCCACUGAGAAGGUGUUAGGCAUGUGGUGGAACACGAGCGACGACGUCUUUACCUACAAAGUUGGAUGGAGCCGCUACGACCAGGCUCUGCUAGAAGGCCAACGACGUCCGACGAAGCGGGAAGUGCUGCGUGUUCUAAUGACCAUUUUCGAUCCGCUCGGCUUGAUUUCCCACUUUCUAUCGUUCCUGAAGAUCCUGCUCCAGCAAAUCUGGCGGUCCGGUGUGCAAUGGGACGAAGAAAUCGACGACAAUGCAAACGAAAAAUGGAACACAUGGCUGCAAGUUCUACCUAGAGUUGAACAGGUUCAAAUCCCUCGAUGCUAUAACUCCAAAUACCCCGCGGAAGAAGCCGACGAUAGCCAACUCCACACGAUGGUGGAUGCCAGCGAAAAUGGCAUGGCCGACGUUUGCUAUCUGCGUUUCGUCAAUACCGGAACGAUCAUCUGCUCCAUCGGCGCCGCAAAAACAAGAGUCGCACCGCUUAAGUUUUAUGUCGAUCCCAAGGAUGGAACUAGCAGCUGCAGUCCUUGGCGCCCGUUUGGCUCGCGCUGUCGAAGGAUCGCUGUCCUGAUCCAGAUCUGCAGGAAGGUGUACUGGUCAGAUUCCCGAGACAUCCUAUGCUGGAUCAACUCGGACCAUCGCCGCUAUAGUCAAUACGUUGGUCACAGGAUCAGUGAUAUUGUAGAGAUUUCGGAAGCACGUGAAUGGCGGGGGGUCCCGAGCAAGCUAAACUGCGCUGACGACGCUACCAAGUGGAGUAGCCUACCAGAUAUGUCAUCAGAUCAUAGAUGGUUCAAAGGAGCAAACUUUCUCUGGCACGCUGAAGAAGAUUGGCCGCCAUCGCCAACACUUAGUGGAUCUACGGAGACCGAACUUCGCCCUUCCUUUCUGGGUCAUCACGCACCGUCGGAACCCGUCAUCAGUGUCAGCAAAUACUCAAGCUGGAAGAGGCUGGUUAAAGUUGCAGCACUCGUUCAUCGUUUCGCGAAUAACUGUCGCCUAAUGCACGCCAGGAGACCGAUUAACACGGCACCACUUACAGCAAAUGACAUGCUGAUCGCCGAGAGUUCGGUGAUACGACUCGCGCAACGGGAAACGUAUCCCGACGAAGUUGCUGCUCUUCAGAAAGCCAGAGCCGAUUCUUCCACAAGUACUGUCCCUAAAACCAGCUCGCUAUACCAGUUAUCGCCAUGGUUGGACGAACGUGGAGUCCUGCGCAUGCGAACACGGAUUGCUGCUUGUCACUACGCCACCGAUGAUGCGAAGCAGCCAAUCAUUCUCAAUCGAAAUCACCACACCACCACCCUGAUCGUAGCAUACUACCACCACAAAUACCACCACCAAAACCACGAAACCGUUAUCAAUGAAAUACGGCAGAAGUUUCACAUCCCUCAUCUACGCGCCUGUUACGAGCGAGUACGGAAAGAUUGCCAGUGGUGCAAGAACCAGCACACAACACCCAGCCCACCAUAUAUGGCCGAUCUUCCGCCAGCCCGCCUCGCUGCAUUUUCACGACCAUUUACGCAAGUCGGAGUUGACUAUUUCGGGCCGGUUGAAGUUGUCGUCGGAAGGAGGGUUGAGAAGCGGUGGGCAAUGUUAGCCACUUGUCUGACGGUGCGGGCAAUCCACAUUGAAGUUGUACAUUCGCUUAGCACAAGCUCCUGCAUCAUGGCGAUCCGUAACUUCAUUGCACGGCGUGGCAUUCCCCAGAAGAUUUACAGUGACCGUGGUACGAACUUCAUCGGUGCAAAUCGGGAACUGAAGCAAGCCAACGAAGCAGUAAACCAACACGAACUGAUGAGAGAGUUCACGAGCUCUGGGAUUGAGUGGGUGUUCAACCCACCUCUGUCACCACACAUGGGCGGUAGCUGGGAGCGAUUGAUUUGCACCGUCAAGAACAACUUGAUGGUUGUUUGUUCGUCGAAGAAGACGUCCGAUGAAGUAUUCCGCAAUCUGCUAACUGAAGUGGAGAAUACGGUCAACUCGCGUCCACUAACUCACGUGCCAAUUGAUGAGGAUUCGGCCCCAGCGUUGACUCCGAAUCACUUCCUGCUUGGAUCGUCCAGCGGUUCGAAACCGAUCACAUGCCUCGAUGAUAGCGGCGCAGCCCUGAGACAGAACUGGUGUACGUCGCAAAUUUUAGCGAACCAAUAUUGGAAGCGUUGGGUGUCGGACUACCUUCCAGAAAUCACUCGCCGAACCAAGUGGUUUCGUCAUACAAAACCGAUCGCCGUGGGCGAUAUUGUAGUCAUCGCUGAUUGCAACAUGCCCCGCAAUUGUUGGCCGAAGGGUAAAGUCAUCAGCACCAAAGUCAGCCAAGAAGACCAGGUUCGGUCCGCAACCGUGAGGACAGCGAGUGGCGUAUACGAUCGCCCGGCGACGAAGCUUGCUGUUCUAGACGUAUGGUGCGACGGAGAGUAA